AAGCGUGUCUAUCAGUCACUUGCUAGCCCAAAGAACAACGCGACAAUAAUUAAUCCAAAGUCAGUAGCAAAACACAGCAGCUACCGAAUCGGUCAGGGUUGUGUACUAAGAAAUCGUUGGUGAAAGAUGAGUUUAGUGAAAACUUCAGCGGUAUCGGUUCUGGUGAUUUUACUUGCAGCGUAUUGUAAUGGGGCACCACAGUUCCGGGAAUUCAAGAACACACCGGAGAAUAUUGCCCGCUUGCAGAACCUGAAGCCCGGAGAGCUCGCCGAAGAGCUGAGUGGUCAGUUCGAAGGGGACAUGAUCCUCACCGAACAGCAGUUCUCGGAAAUUUAUCGCAGAAACGGAAUGAUCGACGAGAAAUACCGAUGGCCACUGAACACCGUGUUCUAUGAAAUCGAGGAAGAGUGGUUCACCAGGGAACAAGUCCGGUACAUCUUUAGGGGCAUGAGGUUAAUUGAACGGGCCACUUGUAUACGAUUCCAGCCACGUGAUCCCGAAAAUCCCGACUACAUUCGAAUCCAUGGGCAAGGAUCGGGAUGUUCGGCGACGGUGGGACACGUCGGAGGACGUCAAAACAUCAACCUGCAACCGUAUCCGGUGGGCACGGGGUGCUUCCGGUUGGGAACAAUUGUGCACGAAAUGAUUCACGGACUGGGUUUCCGCCAUAUGCAGAGCACCUACAAUCGGGAUGAAUACGUCGAAAUAGUUUGGGAGAAUAUUCAACCCGGGACGGAGAACAAUUUCCGGCUGUACGACGCGGACACUGUGAGCCUUUUCGGUACGGAUUAUGACUACGGAAGCGUGAUGCACUACAGCUCGACGGCUUUCAGCAUCAAUGGACAGAAAACUAUUGUAGCUUUACAGGAAACUGAUCAAGUGAUGGGCCAACGAGUUGCAAUGAGCGAAAAGGAUAUUUUGAAAAUCAACAGAAUGUAUAACUGCUUUCCAGAGAAAUAAAAAAUGAAAAUCAAAACAAAUAA